AUGGCCGAGCAAAAACAUCUUCUCUGUGAUCCCUUGGGCUGGUCCUUCCCUCAAGAUAUCUGGGUUGAUCUAAAUCCGUGCAUUGACAUACAGGCAAAAAAGCUCAAUAAGAAGAAGUUCCUUACACCAUUGGACGCAGACACUACACAAGCUAGCAUCUUCUACAUCAAGAAGCGUUUCAUGAGAUUCUGUCACGAGAAAAAGCACGGAUUGUGGAGGCAUGCAAUCAAUCGUCGUCGCUGCGAUAAAGGUCUGAUCAUGACAUUUUUGCAUCGUAUUUGCGAGACGUGCCUCCAGCCUCGACGCAAACGUUCCAAGAAGAAAACCGUCAACCAGUACUGGAGAGACUUCAAAAUGCUGUAUCGAAGGACGAAUAAGGGACGAGUGAUCAACGCGAACGACUGCGAGGAGAUUGUCAAGUACAUCAAUGGGCAUCUGAGAACCAAAUUCAACCUCGAUGACCUCCCAGGCAGCAAACCUGUCAUGGGGAUAGAUGAUCUUCUGUUGGGGCUCACACAUCACUGGUCCCGUGAUCGCAGCGUUUUCCCCACUGAGGAUGGCCGUUUAGAUUUGCCCUCAAUCAUGCUCUUCCAGGCGUAUACUGCCUGUAGGCCGGCGGAGCUUGUGGAUGGGACUAAGACGAGAGGAGGCAAAGAUCCGCUUCUCGACGAUAUGCCGAUGAGCACCGCUUGUGCCCCAAAGUCUUCUCGUCAGUCACGUUCAAAGUCAUAUCUCGAGACGCAUAUGCCAGUGGAGAGUGAUCACGUCGAUCCGUACACUGAAGAGGGAGAAUCAGAUCCGGAUGCAGCUGAUUCCGUCUUUGAGGUUGAUGAUGGAUUCGAGAGCGACGAGAGCGACGAUACAGAAUCCAAUCUGCCAGCCGAGCUGGCCAGAGACUCGAGUCAGAGCACCUCUAAUGAAGGCGACGAAAGGGGCGCGAUCGUCAAGGACCCAAAGGGAGGCCAAAGAGAUGUGCUGGCCAUGGUUGUUUUUUCCCGACAUCACAAGGGUACCAAUAAUAACCAAAGCCUUGAUAGAACUAUUUUCUUGUUUCGCAAAAACCCUCUUCCUCUUCUCUGCCCAAUUAGCCAUAUUCUAGCCCGGGCUAUUCGCGAUAACACUGUCGAAGUCGAUGGCUUCACACAUGCCACACCUUUCUUCUCUACUCACAUCGGCAAGAGGGCAAUAAAGGUUCAUUGGAAGCAGUCGAUACUGAAGGCACCUGUAUUCAGGAGAUCCGUGCGGACUGAUGUUGGAGGAUGGGUGAAGUCACGAACCGAACCUAUGCGAUACUCAACCUAUGCAUUCUAUCUCGAUCGUAUCGGCUCGGAUCUGGGCUCUGAGGAGAAGUGGACUUCGUAUUGCAUGCGACGCGGCAAUGCAAAUGCCAUACUUGGUGUUGCCCCGGAUUCCGUGGUCGACCAGGUUAUGAGACACGAUCCGAUGACGGGCUGUUUAGCGAACGCAUACCUGAAUCGGCGAGUCGGGUUCAACACCCAAGACGCCUACCUUGAGAGAGAUCCAAGCGCCGAUGGACUGACCCGAGCAUUUACGCACAUGGGCAUACGCUGCAACCCAGAAGUCCUGAAGGAGAUUCCCAAGUCUGAGCUGGACAAGCUAAUGCCUGAUGCUGAGGUAGUCGAGCUCCGGGGUCGGAUAAAGAAAAUAGCCGUCAUGAUCCGGCAGGAGCACGGAUUCAUCAAAUCAGCACCCAAAAAGCAAAGAGAAGAUUAUCUUCAGCUUCGCCAGGAUCUGAGAAACGCUGAGAAAGCUUUCAAAACAGACAUGACGAAGGCAUAUCAAGAAGCCUGCCGUCGACGCGUCCACAACGAAGAGUUGGAGCGACAACUGAAUGGCAUGGCCGCAAGUGAAGAUACCGCCGAGCCUGUCAUCCAACACCAAUUAUUGGAGCAGAAACUUGUACAAGAAAUCAUGUGCGAUUUCAACUUGAAGUUAAGCUGCGAAGAUCUGACCAACCGCAAGAUCCAAGCCGUGGAUGGUUUGGUCCUUCUGGCGUCCUGCCGUGAAGUACGUCAUGCGAGAACAUUGUUGCCGUCGCCAUCGCCGUGCCCCAAGAGGCUCGAUAGGGAAACAUCUACGCCAUGCGAGCUACCUCCAAAGCCAGCAGAAAUUCCUUUGGUGUUGGAAAAGAGGCAAUGUAUCUAUUGUGUCGGUGACGAGCAGCUUUCCUAUGCUGACCGCAUGCGCACAUUCAGUCGGGUGUCCCACAUGAUGGAUCAUGUAGAGAAAGUCUAUUUGAGGCAUGAGCCGAAAGGACGGUUUGUGUGCCGCCAUCCUCAAUGUAAGCAUCUUGGUAACUUUCUGACAACCUUGAGUCACUUUAAGAACCACGUGCAGAGAGUGCAUGGUGUGAAGCUUCGAGCGUAG